UACGCCUGCAAGCUGUUUCGCGACGACGAGAAGGCGCUGCAGCAGGAGCAAGGCCGCCACCUCAUCCCCUGGAUGGGCGACGCCUCCAUCAUGAUCGAUAGGUCGGUGCAGAGCAACCCCCGCCCGACUAUCGCUGCUCUCGUUAUGGUUGUUCUUAUGAUCCUCGCCCUCGUUAUUGCCAUGGCGGUUCUCCGGGGGGGGCGGGGGGCGGUGAUCCUCUGCCAAGCGGGGCUCGGGAGAGCGGCCGAGGCGACGAAAGGCGGCGUUGGGCCGGCCUUCCUGUCCCUGCCUCCUUCGACAGGGGCUGGACUGCCGCUCCCAUCCGCUUCUAGCUUCCCUGGCUGCUUUCAGACGUGGUGGACUACAACUCCCAUCCCUGCCUGCCUUCGGAUAUGCUGGACUGCAAUCCCCAUCCAGCAUCCCAGGCUGCUUUCAGAUAUGCUGGAAUAAAACUCCCAUCCCCACCCAGCAUCCCUGGCUGUUUUUGGAUAUGCUGGACUACAACUCCCAUCCAGCAUCCCUGGCUGCCUUCAGACACACUGGACUACAACUCUCAUCCCUAUCCAGCAUCCUUUGUUGCUUUUGCAUAUGCUGGACUACAGUUCCCGUCCACCAUCCCUGGCUUGUUUCAGAUAUGCUGGACAACAAUUCCAUCUAGUUGGGCAGGGUUAUAAAUCCCAUAAUCUAUAGGUAACAUACUCAGUAUCCACAAUAUGUGCAGGAUUAGACUUCCCAUCAUCCAUUUCCACCUCCCUGGUGAUCUCUGUACAUGCUGGGCUACAGCUCCCACUGUCCCACCUGUCCAGCGCUGGACAGGACACCAGGUCAGAGGUGGCUCCCCAAAACCCACAAGUUUUGAAGGUUCUUGUUUCCACCCAAUUGUAGAUCGCUGGGUUAGUCUGUUGAGAAGGCAGGGAGAGUUCCCAAGAUUUCAGUAAAAUAUUUGUUCUGAGUACCGGGUUGUUCUGCUUCUCCAGCCGUAUCUUAUUGACAUCGUGGUGUUUGUUUUUGAGUAAACAAAAUUUUACUCAAAAACUUAUCUCAGAAUUCUUAUCUGAUUUUAUAGCUUCAGCAGUUGGAAAGGCCAUACAGGGAGUUCUUGGUCAAUAGGGAAUCUGUCACUUGGUUGUAAUGCCAGUACAUAAAUAUAAUAUAGUGUAACCUUUAAAAAAAAUCUUAUUAGAGGGCAUGAAGUGCUAACUGACCUUUCAGCAGGGUUUUUUUUUAAAAAUCUGCAAAUAAACUUCUGAGUAGCAGCUUCCUGAAAUCAGAUGUGUUGGACUAUGUACCUCCAGGGUUGGUAGCUGAUGGCUGGGUAGGGAAGUCUCCUCAAAAAGCUUCUGUUUUAUGCGUGCAGAUGUGUUUUAUUUGGUUGUGUAAAGCAGCUUUCAAAGGAAUGGAAUUUUUUUUAAAAUGUGCAGUUUUAAUAUUCAGUCUGCCUGCUAAAGCGCUUCCUUCACACAUUUAGCAGUGGUUUUAGACCAUGAACUUUACCCAUCUUUAAGGUGAUGCUGGAUUGGCCUUUAAUGGAACAGACCAGCAUGGCUACUCUUCUGGAGUUGGUUGUGAUACGGCUCCUAGAUUAGCUAUUAAAAAAAAAGAGCAAAUAGAUUCCCUUGAAUUCUGCAUAUAGAGCUACUAAUGAAGCCACAACAGGACGUUUUUUAAAAAACUGCAACAUUUGUAAAGUUUCCUUUUGUAUGCAGCAAGGCCAGCUUGGAAAUUUAGAAACCUUCUAGCUUCUACUUCCUCACCUCCCCAUGCUCUCUUCCUCCUUGGCAGAGGAUUGCUGUGUGUUUAUAUCCCCUCCCCCUUGUAGGAGUGGGUCCUAUAUAACCUGGGGUUGGAGUACCUUCUUUUCAAACCAAACUCUUUAAUGACUUCUGUUAUGAAUGGGAGGAAGAUUAAUUGUGUCUCUGAAUGUUUACCUGAGAAAGAACUUGCUCUCUGGGUGGUAGAGUUAAUAUUGGGAUCUGUUAUGCAUUAUGACUUUUUGGCUACACCAUUUUUUCUUUUUCUUUUUUUUUUUUGGCCUUUUUGGUUUCCAGUAAGUCAUGUAAGAAUGCAGUCCAAGGUUAAUGGCUUGUACCAUUGAAUCCUGCAUUCUCAUUCUUUCUCUAUUCUACCUCAAUUCACUGAUGAGUCUUUGUUUUGUUCGUUUCAUUUUUCUCUUCAGAGUAGAGUAGUAGCAAUCGUUGUGACAGUCAUGUAGGGAAGGUUAAGCUGAGGUAUAGGGACUGCUUGAAAGCCCCCCAGGGAGUUUCAUGUUUGGCGAUUAGAACUUCUGUUUCUGAAUUCCUAAUAUUCUAAUUAACUUAGUGCAGUAGCGCUGCUUUUAGUAUGAUGGAGGUUGUUCUGGAUGUUGGCAAACCCUACACUUCUCCAGCUUCUGGCAAAAUUCUUGGUUUUCAUUGACUUGUAGAUAGUUGUUCCGAUUGUUUAGUUUAAUAGUAUUUUGUAGUUUCAUGGAACCUUGCUUUAUUACCGCAAAAUGGUACAGUAUUUACGUAAUGGCGUUUGUAAUGUUUUUAUGCGUGGCAAUUCCUACUCUUUAAAGCCAGAACUGGCAGGUGACUCUUUGUCAGGUUGUCAUUUCAUUGUUCUGGAAGAUCUCAGGGCUUAGCUGUUGGCAUUUUAGUGAAGGACUUGAUAGCCAAUGGGACUGAAAUGGCAUUGUGUUUAGCACAAUUCCCAUAGUGUAAUGCAAGGAGAGUCUGAAGGCUUUGGUUUGAAAAGGGGCGUGUGGCAUAUUGCAAGAGCCUGCUCCUUCCAUUUCGGCUUUACAAAAGCUUUGUAAGUUUACAGGAUCCCAGUUCCCAAACCAAACCCUACUGGGAGCUCAACAAAACUCAUUAAUGGUGAUUUUUGGUGAAACGUUAAAAUGCAUUUUCUUUAAACAUUUCUAACAGAACCCUACUAUUGGUAACACGUGCCUCAUUUUAGGGUAUAUGGCCAUAUUUUGUUACUUUCUGGAAUCAAAUUGAAAUGUAAAUUAAAAAUUGAUUUGGUAAUUCAGCUCCAUGCUCAUCAAACAAAAUAAUAGUAUUUAUCAGCCAACGAACUUCCACAAUUUCUUGUGGGGAAGGAUUAUAAGGCAGUUAGCUGAACUUAAUUAACUGUGAAAAUGGUAGGAGCAAGCUGUACAUAUGCCCAUGAUCUUUUAUUAAUUUACAUUUGUAAAUUAAGGAGGUUUGAUAGACAUAGAUCUGGUCACUAUAGAGAAUCAUUUAUUGAUAAUCACCUUUCAGUUUUUUGUUUUGAUUUUUACCUUGCUCUCCCUAAAAUUGUUUGCUUUUGAGGAAGUAAUAAUGGGAUUGAGAUGAUUAUUUCUUAGAGGAAAAUGCUUUUUUUAUUUACAAGACUGUUUUUUUUUUAAAUAACAGUCUUCUCCUUAUAUUGGUUUUCUUCUAAUGAGCCUUUUAACCAAACUUCAUAUUCAGUAUUCCUCUCAGAUUGGUGGAAUGUACUGAGUGCUCCUGUCUGCUCAUUUUUCCUGGUAACAAAGAAAAUAGUUUUAAAUCAUAGCCUAAUCCUGUUUUAAUUACCAGCCUUGCGCAGAUUAUAAAGAAAAUUAUUAGCCCACACAAAUAAUUAACCUGCUUAAAAACACACACAAUUACAAAAAGUGACCAGAUGAAUUACACAUCCAAGGUAAAUUAUGGAUAUGUAAUUCAGUGGAUUUGCUCGCAUUUUCUGCAGAGAACCUCCUUAAAUUGCACCUAUGUUACUGUUCCUAUGUAUGUGUGUCUCUCUAUCACAUAACCCAGCGCUUCUUUCCUCAGCCGCAUAGCUAGGGGCCGAGCCUAGCCAUGAUUUUACCUCCAAUGGAUGCAAGUUUCUUUGGUGAAGAUUUCUCCUGAGAGUUCAAGACUAGCAGAAAGAAGCGAGGAAAUUGCGACCGUUUGGUUCUUACGGAUAGGUAUUUAUGUAUUUGGGUUUGUGUAAAUGUAAGUAAUUUGCCUUUGCAGCAAAGAAAUCUAUCUAUUAUAGAUGUAUAUAUGUUGGCAAGGGUGUUAAAUGGUUGAACCAUAAACGGUAAGAAUGCGAAGCCAUUAGUUCCUCUUUAGCUGUUUAGAUAUUCUGCCUUUAAUUUUAAUCAGUAGUCCCUAAGGGGGAACUGAGGUUUGGUUUUUGUGUUUGUUAAAGGAAGUGGGCGAGAAGUGUUUAGCCAGAUUAAUGUGUCCCUCAUUUAAUUCAGUAGAUCAUUCUUUUCCAAUACCUAUGGUAAGUAUUUGUAUAGUGGCAGAAAGUAAAGCCCAAAGUUCCUUCGCUGAUCAUGUUUUUCCUGUUGCAGGUAUGAUGGGCGCGGCCACCUACAUGACCUUUCUGAGUACGAUGCCGAAUAUUCGACUUGGAACAGAGAUUACCAAUUGUCGGAAGAGGAGGCUAGAAUAGAAGCCCUCUGUGAUGAAGAGAGAGGAAGAAUAUAAGAGGCUGAGUGAAGCUUUGGCUGAAGAUGGGUCUUACAAUGCAGUGGGAUUUACCUACAGUAGUGAUUACUAUGACCCUUCAGAACCCACUGAAGAAGAGGAACAGCCUUCAAAGGCAAAAGUUGCUGUAACCAAGGCAGAAAGCAUAGAAGAAAAUGAAGAACCAUUUAUUGCCCCUUUGGGAUUGAAUGUACCUUCUGAUGUGGAACUGCCCCCAACAGCCAAAAUGCACGCCAUCAUAGAACGGACUGCAAAUUUUGUUUGCAAGCAGGGGGCUCAGUUUGAGAUCAUGCUGAAAGCGAAACAGGCUCGGAAUUCUCAGUUUGACUUCCUGCGAUUUGAUCACUACCUCAAUCCUUACUACAAAUUUAUUCAGAAAGCUAUGAAGGAAGGACGCUAUGCUUCGUCUUCGGAAAAGAAAAAGGAGGAGGAAAAAAAUGCAGCAAAUGCUGAGGAUGAAGAUGAGGAUGAAGAUGAGGACGAUGGAGAAAAUUAUCUGCAUCCAAGCCUUUUUGCUUCUAAGAAGCGGAACAGGCUCGAGGAGCUUAUGAAGCCUCUGAAGGUGGUGGAUCCAGAUCACCCGUUGGCAGCCCUUGUUCGCAAAGCUCAAGCUGACAACUUAGCUGCUCCUCAGACGGGCGAGGGAGCAGCAGCUCAGUCGUCUCAAGUAGAAUAUUCCUCUGAUCCAGCCGUGGCAGCCAUGUACUACAGUUAUUACAUGUUGCCUGAUGGGUCUUACUGCCUCGCCCCGCCACCCCCAGGGAUUGACAUGGCCACUUACUACAGUGCACUGCCAGCCGGAGUAACAGUGUCAAGCACUACCGGCGUAGCCACAAUAACAGCGCCUCCGCCUCCCGGCACUACACCACCACCAUCUUCAGAAGCAAGUGAGGACACAAGUGGCGUAUUGCCUGCCACAAGCACUUCAGCAAGCACAAUUCCUCCAGUGGUUGCCAUCAUUCCGCCACCUCCAGAUAUCCAACCUGUAAUUGACAAGCUAGCCGAAUACGUUGCAAGGAAUGGGAUUAAAUUUGAGACUAGUGUUCGUGCCAAGAAUGAUCCAAGAUUUGAAUUUCUGCAGCCUUGGCAUCAGUACAACGCCUACUACGAAUUUAAGAAACAGUUCUUCCUUCAGAAAGAGGCCGGUGACAGCUCAAAGCAGGUCCCUUCUUUAUCGGAGGACGUCUCCACCGAUGCUCCCAGUGCGACAUCUGGAGAGACACAGUUUCCAGCUGACCAGACACCUGAAGAUGCUGAUUCAGCUGCUCAAGGAAAUAAUGUAAAGGACCCAACCACCCCCAAAGUUAUCAAUGAUGGCAAACUGGUGAAAGCUUCAUUUGCACCAAUAAGCUUUGCAAUCCGGGCCAAAGAAAAUGACAUGCUCCCCUUGGAAAAAAACCGCGUGAAACUCGAUGACGAUAGUGACGAAGAGGAAGAAGAAGGCAAGGAGGGCCAAGAGGAUGCCAGCAGCACCUCAAACAGCGCCACCGUGCUUGCCCCCUCCAGCAGUGGUCCCGAAGAAAAGAAGCCUCAGCUGACUCAGGAGGAGCUGGAAGCCAAACAAGCAAAACAGAAAUUAGAAGAUAGGUUGGCAGCUGCAGCAAGAGAAAAAUUGGCCCAAGCUUCUAAGGAAUCGAAAGAGAAACAGCUUCAAGCGGAGCGAAAAAGAAAAGCGGCCCUCUUCUUGCAAAACCUGAAGAACCCACUGGCGGACAUGGAAGUCGAAAAAAUGGAAGAAAGCGCCUUUAAUAUAGAGACGGUCAGCAAUAUCCCAUGUGCUCUGUUGACCGGCAUCCGGACAUUGCCAGUCUUAGAAGCAAAGGUAUCUGAAAGGCCUUCAAGCAAAUGCAGAGAUCCCCCCAGAGAAGAAGAAAAAGAGAAGAAGAAAAAGAAGCACAAGAAAAGAUCCAGAUCCAGAUCCCAGUCUCCUCCUUCCAAGUACCACUCAUCCUCCAAGGCCAGGUCUCGAUCACAUUCGAAAGCCAAGCACUCGCUUCCCACAGCCUACAGAACAGUCCGGCAUUCCAGGUCUCGCUCAAGAUCGCCAAGAAGACGGGUGCACACACCUGAAAGACAUCGAGAAGAGAGGAACGUCCCGACUGCCUAUCGUGUGAGCAACAGCCCAGGCAUCAGCAGAAGACGUACCCGUUCCAGAAGCCCUCAUGAAAAGAAGAAGAGGAGAUCUCACUCCCACACCAAGUCUAAAGCAAGAUCCCAUUCGCCUUCCAUCUCACCGGGAAAACAGUCUGCCCAUAAGAAUUCCAGUCACUCAGCCAGCAUCUCUCCUGUGGAGAGUCGGGGAUCCAGCCAAGAACGUUCUGGGGGAGUUCCUUUGGAAAAAGAGGGCCAGAUCUCUUCUGCAAUUGUGUCAUCCGUUCAGAGUAAAAUCACUCAGGAUCUUAUGGCCAAGGUGAGGGCAAUGCUUGCAGCUUCCAAAAAUAUUUCUACCAGUGCCUCCUGAGAUGGAAAGAUGGAAGCUCUAUAAAGAACUGAAAGUCCUCAUUAGCUACGGAAAAAGAGCCCUCUUGCAACGCUGCUGAGUUUUUUCCCACGAAUCUUCCUUUGGAUAAAAACAGCCAUGGAAGGGAGCAUUGUAAAUUAUGUUUUGAUCGGUUCUUCAGUAAGAAUUUUACUACAAGUGGUGCCUGUAUAUUUGUAAAUAUAACAUUCUUGCGAGUGUUACACAAAUAAAAAUGCAGAGAAAUGCUUUUUAUUAGCUAAAGGC